GUUCAGACUAAAGACAGAAACAAGAUGAUCUGGAGGAGUUGUUGUCUGAAUGAUCUGAGACACUGCGGCCAUGUUUCUCAAUAAGUCCGCCUGGUUCUCAUGCAGUGUGCCGGACACACGUCACCACUACUGGACACUCGAGGGGGGAACCGUGGCCGGUUGGAGGACGGCAGAUUAUCUCUUCAGCGAGGAUGCUACAUGUCCAGAUACUCUGAGGAUAUAUGAAAGCAGAGAUUACCUGUGGAACAAGGUGACCAUUUUUCACAGCUUGUUUCUGUCGGCCUGUGAGAAGCGUCAGAGCGUUAAGUCCGUGUGCAUCGGUCACUAUGUGCUGCCUCCAGCCUCCGUGCAGGACGAAGUGAGGAGCGUAGUGGGGAGGUUGAUUUGGGAGUGUGAGGACGAGCAGCCAGGAACACAGGAUUUUACACACGAUGAGUCCAGUGAAGGAGAAGUCAGCAGAACCAACUGUGACCCAUCUGACACAGAGUCCUCAGAGAGUGAAGAGGCCCCCUGUGGUUAUUUGCAGGAUUAUCCUGGUGUAAACACGCUUACAGGUUAUGUAGGCAUGGACGAUCUGCAGAGAUACUCAGGUGAUCUGUGUGAUUUCCAUGCCGAGUGUUACAGUUGCUCCAAAUGUUAAAUAAAACAUUCACUGAGAGGAAAGUGUGUUGAAGAGGAUCAAGUACCUGUUGUGUUACUCUCAGCUGCAAGAUGUAGAAAAUGCUGUUGUGAAUUAUCUUCCUGCAUAAUACGCCUUGUUUAAACUGACUUGAA